CGUUGGCUGGAACAGAAAGAGAAAGAGGAGAAGACAAAGUUGCAGCGUCAGCGCGACCUGCCCGUGCCCGCCCCACCUACCGCCGCCGGCCGCCCAAUCGAUUGGCAAUGUCGCGGCCCGCCGGCAAUCCCCCGUACGCCGUCGAGCUCGGCGCUGCGAAGAAGGCCGUCUCCCUCGCCGCCCGCCUAUGCCAGACGGUGCAGCAGGAAAUCGUGCAGUCAGACAUUCAAUCUAAGGCGGAUAAGACUCCUGUCACCGUAGCUGAUUAUGGAUCUCAGGUAUUGGUGAGUCUUGUGUUAAAUAUGGAAGUAACCUCUGGUUCCUUUUCUAUGGUGGCCGAGGAGGACUCAGAAGACUUGAGAAAGGAUGGCGCUGACGAAAUUCUGGAGCGCAUUACUGAUCUCGUAAACAAAACUCUCGCUGAGGAUGGUUCAUACAACAUUUUAUUAUCUAAGGAAGCUAUCCUCUCUGCACUUGAUACCGGGAAGUCCGAGGGUGGUCCAUCUGGCCGACAUUGGGUUCUAGAUCCAAUUGAUGGGACUAAAGGAUUCGUGAGAGGAGGCCAAUAUGCCAUUGCACUGGCACUGCUUGAUGAGGGCAAAGUUGUCUUAGGUGUGUUGGGAUGUCCAAAUCUUCCUUUGACAUCAAUAAGUAACCUCAGUGAUAGCUCAUCAAGAGAUAAAACCGGGGCCCUCUUUUCAGCUGCAAUCGGUUGUGGUGCUGAAGAGCAGUCUUUGGAUGGCUCUCCACCACAAAAGAUUAGUGUUUGUACCAUCGACAAUCCAGUCAAUGCCUCAUUCUUUGAAUCCUAUGAAGGAGCACACACGAUGCGUGAUUUUACUGGAUCUGUAGCGGAGAAACUUGGUGUCCAAGCUCCUCCAAUCAGAAUAGAUAGCCAAGCAAAAUAUGGUGCUGUGGCCCGUGGAGAUGGUGCCAUUUACUGGCGUUUCCCAGACGAGGGUUACAGGGAAACAAUAUGGGAUCAUGCAGCUGGCUCAAUUGUUGUCACGGAAGCUGGAGGUGUAGUUAAAGAUGCCUCAGGAAACGAUCUCGAUUUCUCGAAAGGAAGAUUUCUUGAUCGUGACACAGGCAUCAUUGCUACAAAUAAACAGUUGAUGCCAUCAGUCCUGAAGUCUGUCCAGGAGGCAAUCAAGGAGAAAAAACAGGCCUCUUCUCCAUUGUAGAAGGUUUUUUUAACCUUCCCUGUUACUGAAGUUGGAUUGGUCCAAAAUAAUGAUCGCUAUGCUACUCCUUGUUCAUUUAUUCACACUGUUUAUGUGUAAGUGACCUUUUGUUGGAAAAAAUACAACCCUUGUUAUAGCACAAUAUUUGUACA